ACUUGUGCAAGUGACUUGUUAGUUGACAAUAACAAUAUUAAAUAUUUUAUACGGAAUACAAAAUCAAACAUCACGAAUUAUGAAUAUCAUGAGUGUUGUCCAAAGAUGAGAUAUUAAUUAUUAUUAAUUAAAAUAAACACUCUAUUCGAACAUUUUAAAACAUUUCAUAUUUAUUUAUGAAUAAUGGCUGGAACUGGUGUUACGUCCACAUCGAAAAUUAUUAUUAAACUUAAUGAUCACACAAUAGACACAACAUCUGAUGACAAUGAAAUGGACUCGGCUAGCAGUGGUCACACGAGACCACAAUUAUUACAUCAACACUCUUGCGGGUCGGCAAUACAACCGCCCACAACAAAUGGUGUGGACAGGAAAGCCCUAAGACAAACUCUUUACAGUGGUAUUUUUUACAAACAUCGGCGUACUAUAUUUGCAUUGGGUUCAUUUUUACGUAUGCUACGAUCAAGAAAUUCCGAUUACAAUGCAAUUAAGGGGGAACCAGAUACGGAAUAGUUAGAGCUUUAUUUUUUAAUAUAAUUUCUUUUUCUAGAUAAAAAUGAUGAAUUUAUAUAAUAAUUCACUUUCGUAAAUGUCGAAAUUAGUAAUAAUUUAGUAGUAACAAAAAAUAUAUAUUUAAAAAAAAUAAAAAUGACCCAAAUCCAUGUAUGACCCAGACACAAUCUCACAAUCCAAUUAUAAUAUAACUACAUAUAAAAAUAUAACCCACUUAUAUAAAUGUAUGAAAACAAUUGAAUACUAUGUUUAACCUCAAAUUCUUUGAACAUAUUCACAAUAUUAUGUCCCCUUCUAUGCACUGUGUAACAUUUGAUGAUUUUUUGUUCGUUAGAAAAAUGACAAUUUAUCACAACGAAUUUGAAUUUUCUUUUGAUUUG